AUGACACGCCCAGAAGCAGCCCGAUCAUCUGACUCUACUUGCAAAAUUACUAAACGCAAGUUUUCACCUGCGCAAUUGCAGCGCACUUUACGACACAAGAGGUGCAAGACCCUCAUCAGCAAGAGCGACCAACUCCGCAAGCUCGGUGCCAGGGUGUAUACAGUCGUUGAAGUCAAUGGGCGCUACCACGUCUAUUCAUCAGAAUCUUCGGAUUCCUGGCCUCCAACCGAGGGAAGUCUUAGCAAGAAUUACCCAGUUCCGCUAAGGUACUGGCCGCAUAUGAAGGAACUCUCGCAGGACCAGGCAAACCAAGAGAAGGAGGAUCAGGCAGAGAAAGAAGAGAAGGCGGCAAGGGAGAGCAAGGAGACCUAA